AUCUGGCAAUAUGGCGUCGUCCAUUAAGCUGACGUUAGCCAGCGGCGACUGCACGUACGUGGGGCCGGGCUGGGGUCAAUUUCAGUUACUUCGUCUUCGACUCGUUCGAGAGCGACCUGGACAGUCUGGACUGGCCUAAUUUAGUUAUUUACGGAGCUCGGUGGAAGUCCAGUAUUUGAGGAAAAUGAGUACUUCAUUUGGAGACCCUCCAUGUAGCCACUUGGAGCAGCUCAAACUUCUCUGUAGAUUGUGUGGCGAAAGGAUCAGAAAAAGAAAAAAGCGUGGGGAAUUUUCAGUUGAGAAAUAUAAGGAUACUUUAGCCAAGCUUGGAAUCGAUGUUGCUCAUGAUGACCCGAAUGUACAUCCACCGUCAUUUUGCCAUUUGUGCUGUAAUGAAACAAAUGCCACCAGAGUCGUUGGCGGGAAGGGUAAAGAAAGGAGGGCUAAGUGGAAAGUUGUUUGGAACAAGCACACCGAUGACGGCACGUGUCUGUCGUGCAUAAAGGCAGAAAACUCGAAGAAGCCAGGACGUCCCAAGCUGAUCAAAUAUGGUGGGAGACCACGUUUGGGCCCAGCCGUUGCAGAAGAAAGGCAGAAGAACCAGACGAGAAUGCCUCUGCCACCCCUAACGGCCAUGACCCUUCGAUCAAGACGGAAAACUCGGGCAACAGAAGAAAUUCAGAAUUGCCCUACAUUGACUACAGCAACCCCAACUGCACCGAUCUCGAUUGCACCAGGCGUUGACCCUUCAAAAGCUGGGUAUCCCAAAUUUAGGAAAUUGGCAUCAAAGGGUGCACAUGAAAGCAAAACUCCAAUUACUGGGACCACGUCCGCAAACACAGAAGUUGGGCUGGAACCUCAAGAGCUACGUCGCUUUGUCCUACCCUCAUCCUUAGAAAAAACCAUACAAAUCAAUGCUUUCCACAAUCAUGAUGCAGAGAUCAAAUGCAAGAAGUGCCAGAAAAUGAUCCCACUUGUUAACAUUGAUGAGCAUGAAUUUGAAUGUGUCACACCAUCACUCGCCCUACAUGACCAUAACUACAUGUUUCAUGGGGAGAAAGAAAGAAGAGGAAGGAGAAAAAGAAAAGGUAAUUCUGGAGAUCAGAUGCCUGAAGCUCAUGAAGAGGAACCUUUGACAGAUAUGGUCCUGAUAGAGAGGUCUGUAUUAGAGGAGUUGUGGAGACGAGCCAAAAGAAAUAUGCAAGAUUGACAAUGUAUUCUGCUUGAUGUACUUGGUUUGUCCAGUGGAAAAAGAAUCAUGAUAUUAUGGAAAGGCAACUCUGUGCAUUUACAUACAUAAAGUCCAGAUCUCAUCUUCUGGGUGAUUGAAUAUUUGUGGAUUCAGGAACGUUGAUAAAAGACAGUGGAAACUGAAGUAGCCGUGUGCCUUUGAAGACAACCGGGAAAUACCUCCCAUUAUGCUGGAUCUAAAAUGAGUUCUUCAGUUGGAGACCCGAGCCACUUGGAGCUGCUCAAACUUCUCUGUAGAUUAUGUGGCGAAAGGAUCAGAAAAAAGCAUGGGGAAUAUUCAGUUGGGAAAUACAAGGAUACUUUAGCCAAGAUUGGAAUCGAUGUUGCUCAGGAUGACCCGAAUGUACAUCCACCAUCAUUUUGUGUUUUGUGCUGUAUUGAAACAAAUGCCGCUAGAGUCACUUGCGGCAAGGGGAAAGAAAGGAGGGAUAAGUGGAAGGCUGUUUGGAACAAGCACACCGAAGAUGGCACAUGUCUGUCGUGUACAAAGGCAGAAAACUCUAAGAAGGGAGGACGUCCCAAGCUGAUCAAAAGAAGUGGGAGACCACGUUUGGACCCAGCCAUUGCAGAAGAAAGGCAGAAGAACCAGACGAGAAUGCCUCCUCCACCCCCAACGGUCAUGACCCUCCGAUCAGGGCGGAAAACUCGGGCAACAGAAGAAAUUCAAAAUUGCCCUACAUCGACUGCAGCAAUCGCAACUGCACCAAUCUCUGUUGCACCAGGUGUAAAUCCUCCAAAAGCUGGAUAUCCCAAAUUUCGGAAAUUAGCACCAAAGGGUGCACAUGAAGGCGAAACUCCAAUUACUGGGACUCCGUCGGCACUGUUAAAUACCACAGUGUCACAGAGGAUUCAGGGCAUGCAGGCCACACCUUUUCCACAAUCUCAGAAUUGCGUGUAUGUUCAGUCAUUAAGUGGAAUGCAGACACCAGUGGCAUUGAAUAUUAACCCACAGAAUCAGGCAAAUAUACAUUCACUUGCCCCUUCUUUGUAUUUGAUUCCUGGUACCAGUGGCAUUCAGGGUCUUCCCUCUACUCCACUCCAGACACUAAAUGGAAUACCAAUCAUCCAGUCACUCCAGCAACCAUUACUUAAUCCUGUGGUGCAAACUGCAGGAGUCAUUCCAAAUUUACUUACCUUUGUUCAGCCUUCAGGGAUUCUCUGCUCUUUGCCAGCUGCCCAGCCUAUUCCUAAUCAGCCACUGCAGAGCAACCCUUUAGCAGACAAACGAGAAGGAUCCUCAGCAGUCCCUAUAACAUCUUCCAAUGCUAAGCUUUCAGAUACGUCGCGGAAUAUAACUGAGGAAAGUGACGAAAACUCUGAUAUCAGUCUGUCUUCUUUUCCUGAGGUUUUAGAGACAUCUGCCAAAAAUUUGGUUGAAUCAGUUGAAGAUGUUUUACCAAGCUCAAACACAGAGUUUGAUCGGGAACCUCAAGAGCUACGUCGCUUUGUCCUACCCUCAUCCUUAGAAAAAACCAUACAAAUCAAUGCUUUCCACAAUCAUGAUGCAGAGAUCAAAUGCAAGAAGUGCCAGAAAAUGAUCCCGCUUGUUAACAUUGAUGAGCAUGAAUUUGAAUGUGUAACACCAUCACUCGCCCUACAUGACCAUAACUACAUGUUUCAUGGGGAAAAAGAAAGAAGAGGAAGGAGAAAAAGAAAAGAUGAUUCUGGAGAUCAGAUGCCUGAAGCUCAAGAAGAGGAGCCUUUGACAGAUAUGGUCCUGAUAGAGAGGUCUGUAUUAGAGGAGUUGGAGAGACGAGCCAAAAGAAAUAUGCAAGAUUGACAAUGUAUUCUGCUUGGUGUACUUGGUUUGUCCAGUGGAAAAAGAAUCAUGAUAUUAUGGAAAGGCAACUCUGUGCGUUUAAGUCCAGACCUCAUCUUCUGGGUGGUUUAGUGGAUUCAGGAACAUUGAUAAAAGACAGAAGUAGCCAUGUGCCUUUGAAGACAACCAGGAGAUACCUUCCAUUAUGCUGGGUCCAAGAUGAGCACUUCAGGUGGAGGCUCCUGCCAUGCAGACUUUCUCAAAGUUCUUUGUAGGUUAUGCGGUAAAAGGAUCAGAAGUAACCGUGGAUGGGCUUAUAUGAAAUACAAGAAAAUCCUUGCCAAACUGGGACUUGACCCUGCUUGUGAAGACCCUGAUAUACACCCAGAAUUUGUUUGCCAUGGAUGUCAUUUAAGACUUUUUUAUAAGAAAGGGAAGGCAGCCAAAACUUAUGGGGAAAUAACAUGGAAAAGGCACACCGAUGAUGGUGCAUGCCAAACUUGCAAGAAGGGGGAAAAUGCUCAGAGGUCUGGACGUCGGAAGAAAAAGAUACGCACUGGAAGACCACGUUUGGACCCAAAAGUUGCAAAAGAAAGGAGAAAGAAUCGGAAAAGAAUGUCACUUCCAUCUCCCAAAGUCAUGAACACCCGAUCUCGACGGAAAGCCCAGAAAAUAGCCGGAAAGGCUGGGCGUCCCAAAUUAAGGAAAUUAGCCCCAAAGGGUGCACAAGAAGUUCCAAUUGUUCUUGUCCCUGCUGCAGGUAGCCUUCCUGGCAUCCAGGAAACACAUUUCACAUUAGCUCAUAACACCACUCGGACAACAGGUGGAAUAGAGACACCAAUGGCUUUCCCCCUGCAGACUCUCCAGAACUCUUCUUUCUUAACCUUACAAGGAGCGCAGCCAUUGAGUAUCAAUCCACUGAUUCGGACAAUUGGACCAUCACUUGUCCCUGCUUCAUAUUUGAUUCCUGAUGCCAGUGGCCUUCAAGGUCUUUCCUGCACCGUCUUAACUCAAAACCCAUUUCAGACAGGAAGUGGAGUCCAGCAGAUGCAGAACCCCAUGGGACUUCCUCUGCUCCAGACACCCAAUGUAAUACCAAUUAUCCAGUCAAUCCAGCCAUCUCUGUUUAACCCUUUGGUGCAGGCCACAGGAUUUGUUCCCAACAUGUUUCCUUUAGUUCAGCCUGCAGGGCCUCUUGGCACUGUACCAGCAGUUCAACCUUCUCUUAACCAGCCCGUGUUUCCAACCGCUGCAACAGAGACAAGUGAAGGAAUUUUCUCAACCACAAGUACCACUGCUGUGCCUUGUUCCAUUGCCCAGCCUUUAGAUACAUCUACAAAUGAUUCGGACAAUGAAUUAAGAGAUGAUAUUGCUGCAAGCCCAAACCCAAGUCCCUCUACUCCCUGUUCCAUUGUUGAGCCUUUAGAGACAACUGCAAAUGUUUUGGAUGAUGAAUUAACUAAAGAUGUCUUGGCAAUCCCAAGUCCCUCACCAUCUUCCUUAGCUGGUCCCUCAGAAACUUUGCCAAACACAGAAGUUGAUCAGGAAUCUCAGGAAUUACCUCGUUUUGUCCUACCCUCAACUUUAGACAAAGCUAUAUGUAUUGAUGCAUUCCAGAAACACGAUGCCGGGAUCAAGUGCAAGGUUUGUCUUAAAAUGAUACCGCUUGUUCAUGUUGAUCAGCAUAAGUUUAAGUGUGUCCCGCCCUUUCUCGCUCUUAACGAUCAUAACUAUAUGUUCAGUGAAGAGAAAGAUGAAAAAAAGAGAAAAGCGAGAGAACUGAGAAAAGGACUUCUCUCUAAAGAUAAGACGCCUGAGGUUGAAGAAGCGGAACCUGUCUAUGAUGUGGUCCUGAUAGAGAGGUCUCUAUUAGAGAAUUUGGAGGGUGUUAUCAAUCGAAAAUGACCAUUGCAGCAUGUACUUUAUAUGUUCAGUGGAACAACACUAUGUGUAAAAGACAGGCAUUCUGAGUCUAAUUUAGACCUUCCGUAGAAAGGUGUGUGGAUACUGUUUAAAUAAACUGUCGCAGAAAAUCGACUCAAGUAACUUUGAAUAAGCAGGAAGAUCAGAGGCAUUAUGGAAUAGCAGCCCUACUCAUCUUUAUCAUGAUUGUAUUGAAGGUCCCUUCCUCCAGUCUACUGGGUAAUUAUUGUUAUCAGUGUACUUAGUAUUUGUCUCCAAAUAAAGAAAAAACAAAGGUUCUUAGCUUAAUUGUUUCAUCUUAUGUAUAUAUGCAAAUGAUUUACGAUUAUCUUAUACAUGAUGAAGUAAUCACCAAGCCUGGAUAAGUUUGUCAUGCCCUUAGACAAAUUAGAGAAACAUUUUUUUGUUCCUUCUUGAA